GAGUCAUCUGGCAAGGCCGCGGGCACCGAGUCAUCUGGCAAGGCCGCGGGCUCCGAGUCAACUGGCAAGACAGCGGGCACCGAGUCAUCUGGCGGAACAGCGGGCAUCGAGUCGUCUGGCAAGACUGCGGGCACCGAGUCGUCUGGCAAGACUGCGGGCUCCGAGUCAACCAGCCCGACAGCGGGCUCCGAGUCAACUGGCAAGACAGCGGGCACCAAGUCAUCUGGCGGAACAGCGGGCAUCGAGUCGUCUGGCAAGACAGCGGGCACCGAGUCGUCUGGCAAGACUGCGGGCUCCGAGUCAAGCGACUCGACAGCGGGCUCCGAGUCAACUGGCAAAACAGCGGGCACCAAGUCAUCUGGCGGAACAGCGGGCAUCGAGUCAUCUGGCAAGACAGCGGGCACCGAGUCACCUGACAUAAUAGGAUCAUCAGGCUGGAUCAGUUCAUCAGGCUGGGUAGAGACAUCAUGCUGGGUAAAGACAUCAGGCUGGGUAGAGACAUCAGGCUGAAUUGUGGCUGAAGACAGAGAAGAGCUGGAGGAUGGAACAGAGGAGGGAGCAGUUGCUACAGAGGACUUCUUUACAGGGUUAAAGUUAGGAUAGGUGCAGCGAGUGGGAGCAGGGGACUGGUAUGUGGUAGUUAGCAGAGUAUACUGGGCCGUCACUGGGGGUGCUGUCGGGGAUGCAGGAAGAGUGCCUUGAGCAGAGGAAUGAUGUUGUAAGCUGACUGAGGCUGGGUGCAACAAAUCUGACCAUGUCUGCAGUAUGG